AUGAAAGUAUCCGUGCCAAGAUAUUCGAUAUGCCUAGUGUUUCAAAUGCUGUUUAUGUGUUGUGAUUUACUAUUUAAUUGUUGGAGCCUUUUCCCGAAGAGCCGCGGUGGACUGCUUCUUUUGUUUUUCUUUCAGGAUUUAUGUCUGGUUUUGGCAAUUACUUCAAUACUGAUAUCAUUUUUCUCAACAUAUCUAUUUCAAGCUGGUCUAAUGGAAGUUUUGAUACGCAAGUUCAGAGUGGCUGCUGCAGUAACCCUGGUCUACUUUCUUCUAUCUAUUGCCUUGCAGUCUGUGUGGAUCAUUGAAAAAUGGGAGGAGAGUGAAUCUAUUUCCAAGCCCUUAGUAAUGGUUCUGUUCACACUUCAACGCUGCAUGGCCCCGGGUUACUAUUUCUUCUACAAGAGAGCUUCUCUUCUAGUAAGUGACCCUCGAUUCUAUGAGGACAUAGAUUGGAUCAACCAGAAUAUGACUGCUCAUUAG